CAUGACUUUCUUUGCUCUAGCUUUUCGUCCGGAAACCAUGAACUUACGACAAUUUUUUUUUGAAAAUAUGCAUAACAAUUAAGGUUAUUCGUUGAUGAGUAACGUAUGAAAAAUAACGUUAAAAAACGCGCUUAAUGAAUCCAACUUUCAUUUUCCAAUCACUUCCUAAUGUUCUAACCUAGGUUCCAAAUUAACUCGUCCUGAUAACGAAGGCGGAAAUUUAAAAAUGGUUGACAUAGCAAGCCUUCUCGAGUCUUCUAGUCUCUUAGAUAGGUGGGAAUUAGAAUCAGUCAAGAAAGACAAAGAGGAAACAGUAGCAAGAUCGAUAAUUAGCUAUCGCCACCUAAAAACGGAGCUACAAAGCCAGUGCAUCUCGCUGAGUGCUCAAGAGGAGCGACUUGAUGAGGAGAGCAGUAGCGCAGAGCCAUUGACUGUGUGGGUGAUGGGAACUUGGGGUGCUCUAGAGUCGGUGGACGGCAAGACUGAAGAUGCAGAGGAAUACUCGCGUAAAAAGCGUGAGCUAACAAAGGAGAUUGUUAUGCUGAAGAUCCAAGUUCUGUGUUUGAACCAAGUGCAUGUGAGCUCUUGUAUAAAACAGUUACAGGACUUGAUCACAUCAGGUAGUAAGGCACCAACUCCUCAAGCCUUGCAGUUCUGCAGAUUUGAGGAGUGGGUGCAAGGAAACCAGCAAAUUUACAAACUGCAAUCAAAAAUGCUUGAUUUGGAGGCUGCAAAGAUCAGAUUACACAAAGAAUUUUGCAUUCAAGAUGAUAAAGAAUUGUCACAGUCAUCAGUAUCAACAAUAACAACAAGACAGUCCUUUGCGUCACAUCUGGAGAAAAAGCUUGGUUGCAAAGAACCAGAUGUAACCUCUGGAGAACUGAACCUGGAAGAGCUUGUAGUUUCACAAGGUUCUGGGGAGAUUGCCAGCAUUUUGGAUAGGAUUUUAGACACCAGCCAUGUAAACAGUACAUUUGAAGCUUGUAAGUUGAAAGCUUACAUUCGUGAAUGUUGGGAUGUGCAAAACAUUGAAGAUGAGUUCCCUACAGGAGUCCACCCAGACAGAUAUCAGGAAUUUGUGGGUGGCAUGGCACAGUACAUCAUCGAUAAACAGCUGACACAUCAGAGAGAAAGCCUGUCAUAUGAUAUGGUCUAUGCUAAAAUAGAGCAGUACUUACUGCCAUCCAUCUACAACAUUAUUCAAGCGCACAUCCGUAAGCCAGAGGAAGACAAGAGGAUAUCACAGAUGUACAAAAAUCUUGCACACAUCACACAGACACAGUUCGGCAUCAGCCCAGUAUAUCAAGACGAUGGUAUAGCACCGUAUUAUGCAGCAGUGGCUUGCAUGAAAAGCAUGGCAUUGUCUAUCUUACCAUCACGCAAGAUACACGCGAUUGUCAGCGCAGCGCAUUGUGUAUUCAGAAAACUCAAUGAGUUGUCCAUGUUGGAACACUCUAAACCUCCUGGUGCAGAUGAGUUCAUGGAUGUUUGGGUGUAUGUGGUUCUUAAAUCCAAAAUACCAAACCUGGCGUCUACGAUCGCUAUCUUAAGGGGAUAUUCAAAUCCUAACCUGGCGUUCUCUGAAGCAGGGUAUUACCUGUCUAGUGUUGAGUUUGCCUGUCGGUAUCUUGAGCGGAUUAACGAACAGGAUUACAGGGACAAGUCGCAUCUGUUAACGGAAAGGUUAGUGGUAUGUGAGCAAGCCAGGUUUGGUAAGAUGGCCCAAGAAGAAACAGCUGUCUUUGAAAUACUUUCUCAGGAUAAAUGGCUCCAGGGAUUUGAGGUGUUUGCUGUGAAAGAGUGGCACCUGGAUCCAACCAGGUUUUAUCGGACUGUUAUAGUGCCGUCCUUGGACGCAAGCACUAAAGUCAAAGUUUCUGUCGUCAAGGUGAGACCAGAAAACACUUCAUUUUCUCAACUUGAAAUGCUGGAACAAGUCUUUAUGUGCCCAGGAGAUGAAAAUGGAUUGUCCUGCACUCGUACGAAUAAUGGCAUUGCCGUCACACUCCAUGUGGAUCACGUUAGAGACCAGCUCACACUCAUUCCCAUACCUGAUGGGAACUAUGACGUUUUCGAGGACACUGUGACAAAUUUUGCGACCCUAGACAAGCUCGCUUGCGAUUACAAUCCACCCUCCCGAAAUGCUCCAGCAGAGAUUGUGCUGAUGACAACUGUAAUGGAAACCAUGCAGAAGAUGGAGGACAUUGUAUCAAGUACUUACAGCAUUCCCAAGGCCCCAGAUGGAGCUGUUCGGAAUCUGAUCGGUGCACUUGUUACAGAUUUGCGCCAAAUGAAUUACUUGAGUUCGUUGUUUGAUACACCAGAAGUAUACUCCGCGCUCAUUCAAUCAGCAGUUCAGAAGUUCCAAACAGAAUAUAAUAGAAACUGUCAAUCGAGCACUUCCCGGUUGCCAAGCAACGGGCUGCUAUGUCCGAGUACCUGGGCAGCACUUCAGAAUAGUAUUGGGAAGGUUACAAAGACGGCAACUCCAAACUCUUGAAUCAAAGUAGUUUUAUAUGUCAAGUGGACUUACCGCAGUGUAUCUUGUCAAUGCUAGGUCGCGUUAGUUUGGACAACUUAAGGGAGACUUUACGUGAAACGGCAAGCGUAAAAUAGCGUGAACGUGGCUGCUUUGGCUUCGUGUGAGCUCCCGUCAUGGUGAAUUUGAAGGCGCCCUUGUACGACUUUAAAAGAAUGGUUUUGAUGCUCUUUUUCCAGCAAUUAACUUCAUUUAUUACACCACUCGGGCAGUCAGAGGGCCAAUGACUAAAAUCAACCAAUCAAAAUGCUCUAUUGCCGGUCAAU